AAUUUUUUCUCAAAUAGGAAGAUUUUCUUUUAAUAAAAAAUGCAAAGUUUGCCAAACAUCCAUCCAUAUAUAGAAAGAAACCAAACAACAACCGAUAUAGUAGUAGAUGGAAUAAAAUAAAAAUAGAGAAAAGUGUAAGAGUAAAAAAGAAGAAGAAGAAAUGAGUGGAAGAGGAUUAGCAGCAUCUCCUUCAUGGAUUCUGGGCACUUGUAGUAUUCAUCAAUCAUCAUCAAUAAUAUUUCCUCCUCCUUCUCCUAUUAUUAUUAUUAGCAGAAAUCCUUGUGGUGUAGUAGUGUGUCGAUCACAAUUUAAAGCAGCAGAUUUUAGUAAAAAAUUUGUACUUCAUCAUGCCCUUUCUUCUUCUGGUUUCAACACCACCUUUGCUACGGAAGCAAGGGACGGGUUCUGCUCACAAAUCAAUAAGUUGUCAAGUAUCGAGAGGGAAACGAGUAUAAUCAUCAAUGGAGCGGUUGAUUUAGGGAAAACAGCUCUUUACAUAGCAGCAGAGGAUGAUUCGCUCAUUUCUCAUUCAUCCGUACCACUACCCGUUGAUGCUUUUAUUGGGAGACUGGAUGAUCUUUCUAUGGGUUAUUGCUCACGUUACAGUUCAUCGUUUAGAUCAUCUCCUGAUACGUUUCUUGAGUGCCUAGAGAGGUACAUGUAUGUUGACAAGGGCUUUCGGAGGACAAAAUCAAGCAGCCAGUUGGGGCAACAAGCAGUUUAUCUUCAUUCAGUUUUGACUCAUCGUGUGGGGUCAAUGUCUAUGCUUUCACUGAUUUAUUCUGAGAUACUGAAAAUGCUACGCUUAUGGGGUCUCAUCAAAUUUGAUGUUGAAAUAUCUUCGCAUGAUUCGUAUGGUUCUCCAAGAGGAUAUCUCAAGCAGAAAACUACGGAGUCUGAUCAGCAACAUAUUGUAACAACUGAAUCCCUGUUACUGAAGAUUUUGAGAGACUUGAAGAAUGCUUUCUGGCCAUUUCAACUUGACCAAAGUAAAAGUCCAUUUCUAAGAGCAGCAGAGGCUGCAAAUUGCUCUGAUAGAUCAGCCAAUGUUGAUAAAAGUGGCUUGGAGCUUGCAUCUGCAAAGGCUGCUAGGCAUAGGCUAGAACGUGGAGUUUGGACCAGUGCUCGCUUUGGGGAUAUAAGGCGUGCACUAUCUGCAUGUGAGCGGCUCAUUAUUCUAGAAGCCGAUUGUACAGAACUAAGAGAUUAUGGCGUUCUCCUUUACCACUGCGGGUUUUACAAAGAAUCUUUACAAUACCUCAGGUUAUAUCAGGAUACAGAGAAAAGUUCAUUGCAGAAAUCUACCUUAGUGAAGCAAUCAAAAGCGGAGGAAGAAGCUGUAGAAAAGCUAAUUAUUCGACUUAACCUUAUCUUGAUGGAAGAUGAUUGGACUAGACCUUCAUCCAUUGCAAGUUCUCUAUACAACAACACUGAUCCUUGGUAACAACCGUACAAGUACUGAGUCUCACUGCAUAAAUUUGGUCCUCGGUAUGAAAAACUCGAUCAUAAGUGAAACUUGGAUUAAAAGCCAUCAUCACAUGUGUAUCAUCAACUUGAUGUACAUAUGGCUAUGCCAAAACUUUUGUUGUUACUACUGAGGAUAUGAUAUCAAGUUAUCAACUUUACAUCACUAGUUCAUGGUGUACAUUAUGUGCCAUGCAUAUAUGUUCUGUAAACACUUAAAACUGAUGACACACUCAGUCCUUGUAAAUACUAAAUAGUGUAUAUAUGGUGGUCUUAUAAA